UACUUGUGUUCCACUCACGAGGAAAAGGAACUUCCAAACCCACGUUGCUUACUUCUUAUUUAGCCGCGUUUACAAAUACAAAUUAUUCACUCGGCAAAAAAAAUUAAAAGAAGAGAAUAAUAAAGUGACAUUUUAAUAAAAAUAAUGACGAUUAUGUGGUGUAUCGGUUUAAGAAUGAAAUUCGACGAAACUAUUCUGAAUUCUUAAAAAUAUAAGCGGUACGGUAUAUCCGUUAAGCCGUACUUUCAACGGCGUGUCGUUGAUACAUUUUAAAAUUUCGAGAUUAUCAAACAAUGUGUGUCUGGUAGGCGUGAUUUUCGAUACUAACUGCUGUUACUAUAGUCGGUUGAAUUGAUGGCUGUUACAGUGUUUAGUGGUUCUAUUUUAUAAAGUAAAAGGAAUAAAAACUGGAUCGCAGUCUCAAAUGGUAGCGAACUGAACGAUACGGUUAAAAUUGACAUGAAUGGAAGGCGUUACUGUCAUGUAAUGCGUACAUACAAUGACGUAUAGACGUCAAGCACACGCUAAAUACUUAUUUUUUUCCUACUAUUAUCAUGGGUUCCAGAUUGAGGGACAAAGUGCAUCAUCUCUUCGAAUGUUUUUGUGAGGUAGCAGCACCGCUGGGAGAAAAACCGCCUUGGAUACUCCAAAAAUAUCCUAGUUCUUUCUCGGAUGAAGAAAUACUUAAGUCAGUCCCUAAAUUUGCGUAUCCCUGUGAGAUAGAGAACUUGGUAGUGCAACAUUUUUCAUUUGUACUCACUAGCAUCGAUUCGAAAUGGACAUUUGGAUUCUGUCGACACGAUCCCAAGACGGACACUGGUUUAGUAAUUUUAAGUGCAUUACCGUGGCACGAAAUAUUUUACAAGCUUUUAAACAAGAUCGCAACAUUAAUUCAGAGUAGCGACAAUGGAGAAGAUCUUUGGAAUUUUCUAGAAAGCGUGUACAACAGUACAGUUCCCAUUCCUGGUAGCUCUGUAACUGUACCUGUACCAAAUUCAAAAGUGAACUUUAUUUAUCAAAGUCCCAAGCAGUUUCAACUACCGAGUAUACCAGAAAAUAGAAAUUUAACGGAAUAUUACAGUGCCGUCGAUGCUCAAAACAUGAUGAUAGUAUUCGCUUCCAUGCUGUACGAACGACGAAUCAUUUUCACUUCGAAACGUCUUUCGAGAUUAAGUGCUUGCGUCCAAGCAUGUAACGCAUUAAUUUAUCCAAUGAUUUGGCAACACAUAUAUAUUCCAGUGUUGCCGUUAUCUUUAAUAGAUUAUUUAUUAGCACCGAUGCCAUUUUUAAUUGGUGUACCAAUCCCAACGCUCCAGAGAGUACGGAAGAGUGACUUGGGAGAAGUAGUUAUAUUGGAUGCCGAUAACAAUACUAUAGAAACCCCGUUCGAAGAUUUAGAGUCUUUACCUCAGGACGUAGUAACAAAUUUAAAAAAGGCAUUGCGUAAUAGAGCCGCGCUACUCGGAGACGGUGUGUCCAGGGCAUUUUUACGAGCAUUGGUGCAAUUGACCGCCGGAUACAGGGACGCGUUAACUUUAGAGCAAGGACAGUGUAUUACUUUUAACCAAAACGCAUUUGUAGAAAGUAGACCAUCUUCCAUGCAACCUUUUUUACGAAAAAUGUUGGAAUUGCAAAUAUUUCAACAGUUUAUAGAAGAAAGACUGAACAUGCUUAAUUCAGGGCUUGGCUUCUCGGAUGAAUUCGAAAUGGAAGCUUGUAGCUAUUCUGCCAAAUCUAGCAGUAAAUUUAUGCAACAGUAUCGAGAAUGGACGUAUGCCAUGCGGAAAGAAAGUUCCGCGUUUUUCCGCAGCGUAAAGGAUAAGGCCAAUCCUGCAGUAAAGUAUGCAGUUAAAUCGGUUAAAGACAAAGGAAAGGAUAUGAAGACAGCUUACAAAGGACUAAAAUGGAAAGGUCGGUCGAACAGAAGUGAAACAAGUUGGAGAUUUCACCAACCGAGAUCCGCGCCUAGUUCCCCUACGUCGGAUAGAAGGCCUAUUGACUUUACAUCGCCGCCAAAAUCACCGAACGGUUUCACCGCCACCACUAGCUAUCGGAAGGACCUUCGAUUACGUAACAGUAAUUUCGCCGAUUCCAGAAAACAAUAUUCGCCGUUGAGCCCCAGUUCGCCGGAAGAAUCCGAUUCGCCGCCGGAACGAGUGAAUAUUGACCUCAUGCAGGAACUUCGUCAUGUAAUAUUUCCAAAUAUACCCCCUGUCGAUAGAACAUUGAAGCCAGUACGCAGUUUAGACAGUUUGAGACCUGCAUGGAGUGGGCAUAUGCGGCACGGUCCUCCGCCUAGUACAAAUGUUGCAAAACCAAUCAUCACCUUCUCCACGAAAACUCCGUUUCAUCACGCCCCGUAUUCCGCCCUAAUUAAAUCGGCCGAUCGGUCGAAUACCUUGUUGAACACGAACGAUACGUUGAUUAGCAAUAGCGAACCACCCGGUGUAAGUAGAUCGUUACCAUCGAACUCGUCGAUCGCGAAGUCCGGCAACACCGUCGACGGUAAAACCGAGAAAAUCCCUGUCUUGUCUGUUCUGCCAAAGAGCGCGGAGAAUGCGCAGAGUCGUUUCGUGCAGGACACUGCGAAACACAAUUACGAUACGCCUUUGCACCCGGAGAACACGGAUGCGAACCGGUAUAAGAAUAACUUAAGGGGUUGCUCGAAGAACGUUAAACUUUACACCGACGACAUUCGCGUGAGUUACCAUUCGGGCAUAGAGAAACCAAACAGAUCCGAUUCCCGUUCGAAACCUUCGGAAUCCACUUUCUACUUGAAAGACACCGAUCCGUUCGACACGAGCAAAGUGUUCACACCUUCCUUCUUGCAACCAACAGCAAUUUUCCAAACCGCAAAUGCGUCACUGUCUGUUAAUUCGAACAUUUCAUCCUAUGCAUUCAAUAGCACACCCUGCUCUGCACAUCCAAAGGACUCCUCCGAAGUGCCAGACUUAAUUAGAUUAGACUCGACGGCGAGCAGCGACGAUUUCGAUCCGCUGCUGUCCAAGUCUGCGGAAUUUCCGAGUUCGAAGCAGAUGACGCAGUCGUUGCACGCGCCAGAGAUGGGCGAAGGGCUGAGCAACCCGCUGUACCCGUAUUUCCAACCGCUGCACAAAACCAGCGACAAACAGCUGAAGUCAUCGGACAACAUCGGCGACCUGGAUCUGUUGCAGGCGUACGGCCUGGACUUUAACAAGUUUAGCUUAAGUAACGGUGAUUCGCCUACCAAAAAUCCCGCGGUGUGCAACAACGCAUCCGAGGGUAGCACUAGCAAUAUCGAUAACGCAUUUAGCUUAACGCUGAACGCGGCCGCCAUUAAAUCGCAAAACAAUUGGACGAAAUUCGAGUAAGCGAGAUAGCAAUCAAAUUCAUACGUUCACAUAUCACGAAUUGUAAAUAUAACGAUAGCGUUGUAGCGUUCACUUUUCUUUCCGUUACGCAUCGAUUCCCGUGAAAACGUCGAGCAUCCUCGAAGGCCUACAGCGAAUCAAUUAUCGCGCGGAAGGAAGUUCUACGGAGAAACGGCCAACGCGGAGUCGAGGAAUAAGAAACCGUCGCGUCUGAAGCGUUCAGCGAAACGAAACGAUAGCGGUUUUCCUUUGUAGCACAAUUCUAAUACGAACAACGUUCUCGUGCGCGUUUUUACAUAAAAGAAGAAAUUCACCGAUAUCGUAACGUCCAUUCGCGUCCGAUCCGGCGCGGAUCGUAGAGUCAUCGCAUUUUCAAAGAAUACUUUCAUCGGCGCUUUCAAUCGCGAGUACGAGUAUCAGUAUUGCGUGGGAAUGGGAUGAUCGUAUCGAACAAUUGAAUGAAAUACUACGAAUCAUUGGAAAUAUACUAUUUAAUAUUAUUUAAAUAGAUUUCUGAGACAUCUAAUCUAUGUACAUUGAAGUCAUUAAGUAGUAAAAUCGUCAAAUGGAAAUGUAAUAAGAUAAACGAGUAAUACUGACAACGUAAAACCUACAUUAUAAUUUAUAUAAUCCAAUCCAUUAGUUUACAACGACAUCUUUUCUUCUUCUUUCUUCUUGUAACGUCUCUUCUUCUUCUUCUUCUUCUUCUUCUUCUUCUUCUUCUUCUUCUUCUUCUCUGUCGAUCGUUAUUCGGAAUAUCUGAUCGUAAACGCAACAAUAGGGAAAAAUGAUAUCUGUCGAUGUUGAGACAGCUGGUUACGAAAGGUUCGUAAACCUUGGUUUCUAUUACACGAUCGCUUCUUCUGCAUGUGUUACUUUGUCACAGGUAAUCGGAAGAUAGAAUUGUUGAAUCGGAACGAAUUCAGUAAGAUUAUUGAAAUUAUUCAUUCGUCCUUGUUAGAUUUAAAGUAUGUUAAUUUUAACGAUUGUUGCACAUUCAUUGAUUACGCUUUAUAAUAAACA